CGAACUUGCAAACUUUUCUGUCCUCCUCAUUAGCAUUGACGUCACUGUUCACUGGGAUACUCAAUACAAUAUGGCGGCCCUAGGAUAGAAGUGAAAAGUUUGACGUCUUGUUAGACUCUGAAGUAGAAAACAAAGACACAUCCCACACAUCAUGGAGGAAGAUCCUGCUCCUAGGAAAAAAGGGAAGAAGGGAAAGGCUAAAGGUGGGAAGAAAAAACGGCGAGAAGUGACCGAGAAGGAGCUGUCUCCUGGGGACCAGGCAGUGACUGACAUUCCUAUUCCUGAAACAAAGCCCAAGUCUCCAUCACCAGAACCAAUCGGUGUCUCCCCUGAGAAGCCCUUGCAACCAACACCUGAAGAUGGUCCAUCGAUUGAGCCUGCAUUGGAGGCUAAGGCCGAGACUGUGAUAACGAUUGAGGACCAGCCUGGAGUGGAGGCCACAUCGACAGAACAGGAUGUACCACUUGAGGAUGGGGAUGUGGAGAGAGUUCCAUCUCCAGCCAAAGAUGAUGAUAUGGGGGUAAGGACCCCUUCCCCUCCCCAACUUCCUGAACAAGAAGACGAAGAGCCAAUCUUUAAACCGGCCCCUCGCACUUUGGACCUCGGCAGCCGAGACUUUGACAACAUUGACCCACGGGAGAUGGGCAUAGACUACCUGUCUGACGAGGAAUAUCAAUAUGAACCUCCAGAGCGAAGUGAUCUGCCUGACCUGUACAAGCUCAUGAACACCCUAGAUGGCGGGGAGUCAGAUUUGGAGGCGGAGGCUCCGCCCCCAUCCUUCUUCCAACGGCCGGAACAUGAGCCUAACUACAAGAAGAUCUCAGUGCUUCGUCAGGAGAUGGAAGAAGAAGAGAUUGAUCCUUACAUCAGUCAGUUUGAUGAUACCAUCAGGGACGACGUGUUGAUGAUUGGCAACAUCUCACUGGAAGAAGUCCAGGAAGAGGAGCGACGACUUCGAGAUGAGCACAUUGCAUUCCAGCAGCAGGAAGCCAUCUUGGCUCGCAGACACCAGGAGGACAUCCUUCUUCGAGAAGAAAAGGCCAAAGGUCAUGUGACCAAGAUAAUGAAGGAGAAACGUAAAGCUCUGUCUCGCAGGGAGCAACUAAACUUACAGAAAGAGCGUCUGCUUCAAGACCAGCUGCAUAAGACCUUCAGAAAGGCAGAAAACCAGCUUCUGCGAUCAUUGCAGAUCAGGAAAGGGGAAGUCAAGACAAUGUAUGGAGAUCUCAUGAUGGCGGAUGGGCAGUAUGGCGGGUCAAAAGGUCGUCGUUGGAAGGUAGACUGGAACCGAGCACCACAGCCAAUCCAGAUCAAGUUGAAAUGUCUCCGUGGGGUCAAAGACAAGCUCCCAGCCGGACGCUACGUGCUGAUGGUCUCACUCUAUGACCGUAUCGGUGGGCACGUCCUGCGCUGGUCCAAUCUUCGGGGCCAGGAAUGGGGCGGAGCCACUCUCCCCAUGAAUCACGAGGGGCGGUUCCACAAUGUUGAGAUCAAGAUUGACCAGAGCGUCUUCACAGUCUGCCCAUCCAAGCCUAGCAUCCGUCCUGGUAUGAUACUCCAGUUUGAACUUUUCCUGAUUCGUGGCUCUCUCCUCCCCGUGGACAAAGUGGUCGCCUGGGGUGUGUUCCCCAUCUGUGAUGGCCAGUUUAACAUCAUCCAAGGGAAGUAUGUCACUCCCAUGCUGCGAGGUGAAGCUGAUCCCCGGAUUGACCGCCAUGAGACCGUUGAGAAGCUGAUGGCAUCCGAUAUUGACCACUGGCUCAGCAACUUGUACUUUGAGGUGGUCAAGCUGCCCAGGUACAUUGCUGGUCACAAGGAAUACGAGGUGGAGCUUCAAUUCUCCUCCAACUUGCUGAGCUACCCUGAUCGCACCAGGACAGCAGAGGAGGCAAUCGAUGGAGACGAGCCCAUCAUGGGUUCCACCGCUGAGGUGGUCUCCAAUUCAGGGGAUUUGAGCAACUCCAUUGGAAAGGGUUCACAGGCCAGCUUGCAAGCAGGCAGCUCCGACAAGACUGGCGACUCAGCCGACAAAGCAGGCUCUGAGCAGAUGAACGAGACAGUACCCAGACCCAGUAGUAGGGCCAGCUUGAACAAUGACCAGGAUAUCAAACAGAAAAUUUCUGCCUUGGAAGACAAGCUGUCAGACCUACGCUAUCGGGGUACCACCCAGCCCCCACCCACGGUCAUUGGCUCCCGCAAACUGUUCAGUAAGGAUGCCAAGAUGCACCUGGAUUCGGACGAGGAGAAUUCAGAGGACGAGGAAUACUUGCAGAAACUGGACGGCUUUGAGCCAGUUAAAGGAGAGGCUGGUUUGUUCUACAAACACCACAUGAACCCACCCGCUACUGACUACAUGCGACGCCUCUACACCAUGCUACCCAAGACAGGACUUCUAAGCCCCCAACGGAGGAAGAAGAAACUGACCUACCUAGAAGAACUGGACACUCACACCUUUGCCGUCCAGCGUCCGUUCUCCACCAAGGGUCACCUGGCCCGCGCUGGCCACGAGAAGGUGCAGUAUGUCUCCCGCCAGCUCUUUGCCGAGCUGGGCCUGUCCCAGUGGCGUUCCCGCGAGUUCUGGACGCUCAUCGUCCUGCUCUGCCUGCUGUUCUUCGUCCGUGUCUACAUGCACUACCUGGGCCAGUGGGGGUACCUCAGCAUCCUGGGGAUACCCAUCAGCAAGUUUGAGUUUCUGCCAUACAGUGUCAAUCUCAACUACCAAUCCUCGCUCCUCCACACACGAGAGCUAGUGGCCGUAGUCAUUCUAGGCCCACUGACCAACAUUGGCAUUCUGGUGCUAAUGGUCGUCGCGGCCUGGCUCUGCCAGAAAGCGGCUGGUAGCUUUCCCACACUGCUCUGCAAGCUGGUCAUUGUCUUUGGCCUCCAUGCCAUUCUGGACCCAAUCCUGAUUGCCAUCGUCGACGCACCCCUCGGGCGUUACAACUAUGAAGCUGGUGAUGAGCCCAUAGCAGAUGCUGCUAAGUUGUACUAUCACUUCCAGCAAACACAUGGAACCGGUCUGAUGGGUAUACUCCUGACAGUCCCCAUCUACGUGUUCCUAAUGUUCUUGGCCAUUGUCAUUUUCUACAUGUACUUCCUGAGGCUUCAUAACAAUGGCCGGAUGUUGGACAUCUUCCACCGUCUCCAUGCCAAGCAAGAGGAGUUCUUCCUGCCUUAUGACCUGGAGAUCAGCAACCAGGAGCUGGCCUACAUCUGUAAGAAGGCAGAGCAGUGGCGUGGUGAGGAAGGCGAGAGGCGGAAAGUGGCUGUGUAUGACUACAUCUGGGAGGAGGAAGAUGUGGAUGAGGAGAGAUUGGAUGGAGAGAAGCAAGGCAAGUCCAAGAAGGAGAUCACGACCCAUGUGUCCAUCCACACACUUCACCUGGAUGGACUGAGGGAGCUCCAUCGCCACUUCUUGCGCCUGCCUGAUGGUGCCAUAGUAGAGGUGUUUGGAGAGAUGGGUGUGGUUGGUCUCGACAAGGACCUGAGAACAGCUCUACAGAAGGGCCCCUCGGGUCAAACCAAUGUGGGAUGGGACAGGAUGGGAUCCACCGACACCCUGCGCACCCGCCAAAGGCCCAAGACCACAGGUGGCUUUGGCUCGCGCGACUUCCUGGACAUUCCACCUUCCCCAGGGGCGGGGCCUGGGCAGUUCGCGUCACGGGAGUCGCUGCAGUCACGGGGCAGUGGGGGAUCACUGCUGAGUGUGGGCAGGGAUCUGGGGCAAGAAUCCAGGGCAUGAAUUAACAGACCAACUCAGCAAGAGACAAACCAUCAAGAAAUCUAGAGAUACAGGUGUAUAAUGAUUCUGUGGGACUAAAGGGGUUUUUUCUUUCACCCAUCAAUGAAAUGAAGGGUCUUUUUCCAAAUCUCAGCUUUGUCUCCAAUUAUGUUCCACAAUCAUUCUCAAAUUAUUGACCAUUGCAGCCACAUGAACAUAUAUGCAUUACUAGCUUUGGUCUCACAUUAGACAAUGUGGAAUUUCUGUUCUUGUAUCGUACAUGUAAAGAAUCUACCAACUGUAACAUUUCACUUUGGCAGUGAUAAGAACUACAGUCAGUAACUCUACAUACUUAAAGUCAUUUUUCAUGUUUUCUUUGAAGGUUUAUUGUACAGGCUCUGAGAAUUUUAUUUUUAAGAUUAUCGGAGAGGAUUUUUAAUAAAUUUUAUUAUUAAUUUUUAAAGAUCAAUAUAGAUCAGUUGAUGGUUGAGUUUUUGUGAAUAAAGGUGCACCCCGAAGCUCGCUGGAAUUUUGCUGAAGGGAUGAAUGCUUAGAAUGGGAAGGAAACAGUUCAUUCCCAAAUGUUUAUGUCUUUCACUAUCAGAUCAGUGUUUUAGUGGGCUGCAUCUUUCAAUUUAUCCACAGAGAAGUCACCUUUUAGACUUUGAUAUGUUGUGAUAUGUUUGAAAACCAAGUCAUUUAAAUGGUGUAAAAAUUCAGAGUAAUUUUGAUCAGUGUGUGUUUAAUUUUGGGGAAGUGUUUUAUAAGAUAUGUGUAAUUAUACAUCUCAUGGCAUAUUUUUAUCCGUAGAGUGAGUUGAAUAUAUUUGGAAGACACUAAGAUACCUUUUUGGCAGCUUUUCAGUCCGUCCAUUAGUUUUUAGAUGACAUUUAAAUCUUGAAAGACACUCCAUCCUCAAAGUAGGAAGGAACUUGACAAAUUACACAGGAUUGUGUUGUGAUGUGUGAAGGUAAUGUAGAACAAAUAAUGUUAUAUAUUCAGAAGCAUAGUUUGAAAGCCGUCCAUUGUGUUGAUGCUGAAAUGGUAACGAUUUUGAAUUUGGAGUGAUCAUUUGUACCAGUCAAUCAUCAACAAAGUAGUUUAAAUAGCACAGUUGAAUCUAAACUGAAUAAAUGACCAAGCUAAUGGAGCAAAUGGAGAAUAUUGAA